AUGUUGACCAGAAUGGUUAAGGACCACAAUGCUGCACAGCAAGUAAGAAAAGAGAUGCAAGAGGAUCAAUGUAAUCAAUUUACAGAAAAACGGAAGAACGAAGCUAUUGUGGCUGCACACAAUCUCUCAGGAGCUGUUGUUAAUCAUCUCAAUUCUUCCGUUUCUCAAGCUUAUAAUAAUCAAAAACGACUGGAUAUGGAAAUAAAAAAGUUGGAGAAAAAUGCUACAGAACUUGCGCGGCAAACGGAACAGUGGAUUCAUAUCACUGACUCACUGAACCAGUCUUUGAAAGAAAUUGGAGACGUUGGAAACUGGGCGAAAACAAUAGAAACAGACAUGAAGAUUAUCUCAAGCACUUUGCAGAAAGUUUCCCAAGUAGACGAAGUAGAGUCCAUUACUAAGUAA